CUUCCUCUUCUUCUUACCCUCUCCAAAUUCUAUUUCUUGGUCACUUCCAGAAUCAUAUAAUAAUAAUCUAUGGAAAAUGAUGAUCUGAAAUCGGAGGAUCAGAUGGAGAUUAUGAUGAUGAUGCAACAAAUGGAGAAAAUCCCUGAAUUUUACAAUCAUCUCUCACCGCCGUCUGAUCAUUUCAGCUCAAGCACCACCGACCCACAUUGCCUGGAAACCCUUCAACAAGCCGCAGAGUCCUCGUCGCCUCCAUUCACCAACAACCUACCUUAUAAUUUGCCUCAAACUGUUCCAUUCCCCACCAGUUCACGGUGGCGAAACUCUGGCGGUGAAACGGACUUGCAGAAACAGAGGUCGGUGGCGGCGAUGAGGGAGAUGAUAUUCCGAAUAGCAGUGAUGCAACCAAUUCAGAUAGACCCAGAAGCGGUGAAGCCACCGAAGAGGAGGAACGUCAAGAUUUCAACUGACCCACAAAGCGUAGCGGCUCGACAUAGAAGAGAGAGAAUUAGCGAGAGAAUUAGGAUACUCCAAAGAUUGGUCCCUGGAGGUACCAAAAUGGAUACCGCUUCUAUGUUGGAUGAGGCUAUACAUUACGUAAAAUUCUUGAAGACCCAAGUGCAAUCCCUCGAAAGAGCCGCCACCAACAGGCCACUCCCUGAUGCUGCUGCACCAGCAUCUGGCGUAGGGUUUCCUCUGGAAAUGUCAAGUGGCAGCUAUGUCCCCAUGGCCAAACCAUCCCAAAUGACUCACAACCUUGAGCAGUACGGAGAUGCUUAAAAUUAGCCUCACAAAAAUAGUCUAAUAAGAAACAGGAAUUCAGGGCUAUCAAAAUUGAAGCUCUCUGCUCUCUCUCUCUCUCUCUCUCCCUCUGCGUUAUAUCGCUAACUGAAGAGUCCUUUGCCUAAAAAAAAAAAAAAAAAAAAAACUGAAUAAAAUUGAUGCAUGCUUUGUUCUUCCACUUUGAAGUUUGAGGAUUCCUUGUUGAAUCAGAGAUGCAAGAAAAUCUCUCCUCUCUUACAUGUCUGUUGGAAAAAAGAUCUAAGGAGACAAUUAACUGUAUGGAUUUUGUCUGUUUCUCAUACAAUCUUGUACUACUAUUGAUCACCCAAAUUAACGUAAAAUCAAGGUAAGCGGAUGAUUCGAACG